GCCAAGCUGUCGCGCCUCCUCCACAAUCAAGGCGGGAUUGCCAUCAUCAACGCGAACUUGAACAACCCAUCCGACGCUAUUCCGCUCGACCCAUCACCAUCCCUUGGGUUCUCCCUACCCUUCUGGGUCCCGACAUCUCAUCAUCUGCGAAGCUGUAUAUAUAGUCGCAAUUCACUACUGAGUUUGCGAAGCCAACAACAUCCUGUUCCUCUCGGACGACUGCUCCCACACAUUCAGACAUACUCAGCUCCUGGCCAGCAAGCAUCCUCGCACCACACAAGAGCGGUAUACCCCCAAAAUACACGACGCCUGUUCCUCGGCACCCCCCUAUAGCUAUUGAGCAAGGAGGCCUGGGCAUGCCCCCUUCCGGAUAGUCGAAGCCAAUCAUUCCGAUUCCAUCAUAACCAUGGACUUUGCACCCUACCAGUCCUCCCCACCGGAGCAUGGCCGCGUGGCAUCCCCCGAGUACGCCUCCCCACGACACUCGUACGACGCCAGGCGAUCCUUUGAACCCGUCGCAUCUCCUCCGCCUCUACAACACCCCCAGCCACAGCGAGGAUGGGGCGGCUUUGACGGCCAGGGUGGCGUUUGGGGUGCUGGGGCAGAUACAAGGGCAUUUGGAGCCUCAAGCACCAUGCCCGGCGCAUAUCCCGCUGCCGAAGUUAGCGAGUUCGAUACGAGUCUGGGCAUGCGACUUGACUAUGAGGCCUGCCUAGCUUACCUGGCAUUUCCACCUCUAGGCGCAAUUGUCUUGUUGAUAUUAGAGAGGAAUAGUGACUAUGUGAGGUUCCACGCAUGGCAGUCAGCCCUCUUAUUUACGGCCAUCAUGGUCUUCCACCUCAUCUUUGCAUGGUCAACUUUCCUGAGCUGGGUCUUUUUCCUCGGCGAUCUGGCUCUAAUCGCUGUCCUCACACUAAGAGCGUAUCGAGAUGCCGAGAUCCUGGACAGAUUCGAGGUGCCCUUUUUUGGGAGCUUAGCAACUCGAUUUCUUGACGAUGAGUGACCCGCAAUAGACCAUGGACAGUCUUGUAUCGUGCAUUUCUCUAUUUUAUUCGCAGCCGUAAUACCCCCUUUCGAGUCAUAGAUGUACGAUACCACUCAGAGCUGACUACAAGAGAUCGUUAC